UCAUGCGGUCCUGCGACUGAGUCUACGAUGAGAGCUCUAUAAGUUCACCACCGUUCUGCAGUAGCUAGCUUCCUUACGAGGGAGAGUUAAGUUUGUUGUCAGCGCAUUUUUUUUUCUGGCACGAGAAGUACUUUGGAGAAAACAUGGGAAAGAUAAAGGUGGAGAUAAAGGUGCCAAUGACGGAUGAAAGGAAGAAAUCUAAAGUUAUGCAAAUAAUUGCUAAACAUAGUGGAAUCUUGUCAAUCACAGCCGAUCGAGAUAAAGAUAAGGUGACCAUAGUUGGCAAUGAAAACAUGGAUGUCACGUGUUUGACAAUGGAGUUGAGGAAACAGAUGCGGCGUACUCACAUUGUCAUUGACACGGUCACACCGGUUGAUGAGAAGAAGGAAAAGGAGGAGAAGGAAAAGAAGGAGAAAGAGGAGAAGGAGAAGAAAGAGAAAGAGGAGAAGGAGAAGAAGAAGAAGGAAGAAGAGCAAAACAAUCCCAAGAUUGUUUGUACGCCGUACUAUGUGCACAUGGUGGACGAGCCCAGUCCAUCAUGCUGCCAGAUGUAGCUAUAUUGUAUGAAAUCACUAUGAGUGUGUUGUGGAGAAUUUUGGAAGAUUUAUUAUCAGCCAUUUGCUGCAAAUUGAUACAUGUAUAGUUAAUGAGUUCAAAUAACUUUAGUUUUCUGUUUUGUUUUUCCUUAUUCUUCUACAACGCAAGUAUGAAGAACUGAAUUGUACUUAAAUUGGGUAGGAAACUGGUGGUUUUUGCUACUCCCUACAUAUGGAAUUGGUCAUGGGAUCAGAUCCAAUAUAUAUGCACCCUGUUAUCAAAUGUUGGUUGCGCAAAAUGAACAUUAUUUUAGAGGUAUAUAUAAUUGUGUGAAUUUUAUA